CAUUAAAUCAACACCAUGCUUCUGUCCUUAGCUCAGGUGAGAGCACAGAAUUGGAUUUUAUUCACAAUAUAUCACUAGAUCCUGUUGGAUUUAAGAAAAACAAAUAGCAUUAGUUUCAGGUGGAACCGACGUACGUACUGACGUAUAUAUAUUUUUAGCCCUGAAGGUUCUUGAGGAUUCUCGCCAAAAUAGCCUCUCCUCUGUUCUACUUUUCUCCACGGAAACACACUUAGCUCUGUCACAGCUCAUUUCACUUCAUUACACUAUUUCAGGCUACUGACAAACAUCUCGAAACACACUGGAUCUCUUACACGCUGCAAUUACGCCGUAUUAUCUCCGUUACAAUGGAUAUAGAUAAGGAGAUAAUGGAGAUAAGGAAGCAGAGCCGGUGGUUUUUCGGUUCAGGGGUGUAAAGUGUUUAUAAGGAUCAGGGAUUUGUUCUGUAGGUCGUGUUAUUUAAAGCUUAAAGCCGAGUGACAUCCUGUUCCUUACACAGGGCCUACUAGUUAGCAAAAUUGAGCAUCGCCUGGUUUUAAGGUCACACACCUGGGUUAGUAAUGAAAUAUAGAAAGCUUAGAAUCCUAAAGGAAGUCUUCAGUUUUUGAGGAAAUCAUGCGUUCUCAAACACAUGAUCGUUGCUUCUCAAGCUUGGUGUCUAUUUAUUUAAGGGGUCAUCGCCAAACUGUUCCCACAAAGCAUGAAAAUGUCCAAAAUGUCUUGGUAUGAAGCUGAAGCAUUAAGGGUUCCUUUUAGAACUAAGAGCUGAGCCGAACCCCUGAAAAACAACACCUGAAUUCAAUGUAUUUGGAGGGGUGUCCCAAAACUUUUGGCAAUAUAGUGUAUCUUUAUAUUAAAUGUGUCCCUGAAUGCAAAAAGGAUUGCGAACCCUAUAAUUCCUGCCUCUGAAUCCGGUUUGUUUUUGUUUUUUCCCACAAUGGGAAGUCGGUUUAAAACACACCCACGUUUGGUGUCCUUCCAAGCCAGCAACAUUCCUUACCCUUUCAGUGCAGCACUAUGGUUCAAUAGCAUGACAGAUCACAUUUAUUAGAUGUCUGAAUGGAGGUGUUGCGCUCGUGCAGCCUGGAUGAAUCAACACGCCAGUUUUAGUAUUCGUCACGUCAGAUCAGUUCGGCUAAAAGGCUCUGAGGGCAAAAUGUGACGAUAAUCAACGCAGAACGGGAUUUCUUUAUUCCUGUCUAUGUUUCUGAACAUCUGAAGUCCGACUGGCUGGAAAAGGGACUGAGUAAUUAUCUUUAACAGCAGCUCUAAUGGCUGCAAGGCAAAUCACAGAUGCUGAGGAAGCAGAUGAGGUUGCAGAGAAAGUCAUUGAGGAGGCAGCUGCAGAAGAAGCAGAACAGGCGCCUGUGGAGCUUGUCGCUGAAGUUAAAGCACAGGAUCCGACCCCCUUGGUGGAAAAGGCUGCUGAGGCGGUUGCCGAGGCAGCGGAGGUGGAUGCCGAGGUGGCCGUCGUCGUCGAGGAGACUGCUGACGAGGUGGCGGCAGUGGCUCACGAAGUGGAGAAGAUAGCGGAGGAGGUGGAGGCAGCAGCCAAGCAACUGGAAACUCAUUCACUUCCCGUUGUGGAGGAAGCAACUACUGAGAGCCACGUGACCAAGGAUCAUGUAGAAUUGGUUGCUGCUUCGAUUGUGGAUAUGCCAGUGGUUGACCAAGAAAAGCCAGUUGAAGCCCCUCUAGCACCUGUUGUUGAAGAAGCACCAGUAGUUAAGGAGGUACCAGUUUCCCCAGUAGAAGAGGAAGCCAGUGUUGCCCCAGUACUCAAGAAUGAGCCAGUUACCCCAGUAGAUGAGGAGAUAACGGCUACACCAACAGUUGAGGAAUCUGCAGUUACUCCAGUAGAUGAGGAGGUACCAGGUACUCCAGCAGUAGAGGAACCGGCUGUUACUCCAGUAGUUGAGGAGGUACCAGUUCCCCAAGCAGUAGAGGAAGCCCUUGUUGCCUCAGUUGUUGAAGAGGUACCCGUUGCAGACAAAGCUCCAUCAGUUGCCCCAGAAGAGGUACCAGUCCCUUUAGUAACAGAGAUUGCAGUUACGUCCUCAGAAUCUCCAGUUGUCCCAGAAGCUACUGAGGUCCAAGUGGUCACAGAAAGUCCUGCUGAAGAUGCAGCGAGUCCGGUUGUGGCACCUGAAACUUCACCUGAAACCACAGCACCCUCUGCUGCUCUGGAGGAACCUGAGCAUGAAUAUGUGGUAGUCAUGCUGGAGGGAGCCCCCAAAACAGACAAGAAGGUUAAGGUUUUAGGAGAUUCCCAAGUGAGUGGUGGGAUCAUCCCAGCUCCUGAGGAGGAGGAGGAGCCAGCAGAACAGGUAGCAGGUCAAGCGUCAUCUGCUUAACCUGCACAUGCUCCGAUAUGUAUAAGUCCUACUAUAAUUCCCCAGUUCCUUGAUGAAGACUAAGAUGUGCCUUCCUCCAUUUUCACCUCCAUCUCCCACUCAGAUCUUACUUCCAGUUUCGAAUGGAUUCACCUGCAUGAAUUUGGCCCUGACAGAGCCACCGGAACCUCUUCACAUGAUACGACUUUGUUCUGUUCACUCACACAAACCAUUUUACUGAAACACGUUUACUCCUAGACAUACACUGCUCUCAAGACACAUCUUAAAAUACAUGUUAGAGCACAGGUUUCCAACCCUGAUCCCGGAGGACACGCCCCUCUGUGCUGUACACAUCUGACUUAAUCAGGUUAUUAACAGCACUUGGUGAUUUAAAUGUCCGUGACCAGGGUUGAGAACCUGUAGUAGAAGACGAACAUUUGGUAUCAUCUUAUCUAUUAUUUCAUCAGUUUUUUCAUGUUGUAAGUUUAUAACUCCUGGAUAAACCCGAUGCUGUGAAGGAUCAGAUCUUUCCAAUCCACUGCAUUGAUUUUCCUACCUCGAAGCCUCGCCGAAGCGGUCCGUCGCCAUGGUAACGGGUUCAAGCCUAGCCACGAGCAUGCGUACAACUUACAAAUGCGUAUCCUUGGCAGCUAGCAUCUAUAUUAAAGAGUUUCCUUAGUCCUGGUUCUGUUUUUAUGGUAUUUCUAAGGAAAUUUCUAAGCGUGGCUAGACUUGGACACUUAUCCUGACCGGGACCGGUGUAUUAACCACUCGUUUCUACCUCACUUCAAAGUAAAACUCCACCCUGAAACAUAUUAAAAGCGAACACGGUGCUGCUUUUCUACUUGUUUCUUUAUCUAUUUUGCAGCGUAUCGCUCUGAUGUCACAGGGUGAUGCUAUUAUUACAACUUCUUCUUUUAUCAAUCACAAGCCCCAGAAUGUAGUAUAGCUAUAUUAUGUGAUACGUUUCGGUUAGUUAUCAGUUACCAAAUUGACGAGCCCUAGCAUAAACAUUGAAGCCACAGUGCUCUAUGCAAAUUCUUACUGCUACCACUAUCAGUGAGCAGACAUAUGGCAUUGUGGGUAACACAGGAAACUAUGAUGUGGGUUCGGGUUUUUCAGUAUAAAUCUUGGUCGCUGUUGAAGAUCACAUCAUAAUUAAAGAUUGAUAUACAGGGUGGAGUUUUCCUUUUGGUCUUUCACCUUUCUCCUAAUUAGAAGACUGCUAUCCUGUGUUCUGUAUGAACAUAUAUAUCUGUGACACUCCGUUUUUGUAUUUUUAUAGUUUGUAUUAUCCACAAAUGUGAAUCUCAAACAAUACAAAAUCAUUUUACACUGAUAAAAGAAGUGUCUAAGUGGCUACAUGUGUAUUUAUUACUCAUUUACCAAAGAGUUGUCCUGCAUACGGAAUAUGAGAUUUUAUACAUAGUUCACUAAUAAUAAAAAUCUGUCAUGGCCAAAAUACA